GGUCACCGCCAUCGCCUGCGGCCGCACCAUGGCCCUGAAGGCCGAGGGCGCCGCGCUCGACUGCUUCGAGGUGACGCUCAAGUGUGAGGAAGGGGAGGACGAGGAGGAGGCCAUGGUGGUGGCGGUCAUCCCGCGGCCCGAGCCGAUGCUCAGAGUGACCCAACAGGAGAAGACCCCUCCACCGAGACCCAGCCCUCUGGAGGCAGGCAGUGACAGCUGUGAGGAGCCCAAGCAGCAAGUGUCUUGGGAGCAAGAGUUCCUGGUGGGGAACAGCCCUGGGGGCAGCGGGCGGGCGCUGUGCAUGGUGUGCGGUGCCGAGAUCCGGUCCCCCUCUGCCGACACGGCGCGUGCGCACAUCCUGGAACAACAUCCCCACACCCUGGACCUGAGCCCCUCCGAGAAGAGCAACAUCCUGGAGGCCUGGAGUGAAGGGGUGGCGCUCUUGGAAGACGUUGGAUCUGAGCAGCUGUCCCCACCCAGCUCAGACUCAGUCCGGGAGGUGGAUCCAGACGCUGCUAGAAUGCCAGCGGAGAUCGUCGUUCUCCUUGACUCUGAGGACAACCCAUCCCUCCCUAAAAGGACCCGGCCCAGGGGACUCCGCCCCCUCGACCUUCCUGCUGCCCCUGCCACAGAGCCAGGAAAUAAGAAGCCUCGUGGUCAGAGAUGGAAGGAGCCCCCUGGAGAAGAGCCAGCCAGAAAGAAAAGAGGCAGACGUAUGACCAAAAACCUGGACCCCGACCCAGACCCCCCAUCACCCGACUCGCCCACAGAGGAGACUUUUGCAGCACCAGCCGAGGUCCGACACUUCACUGACGGCAGCUUCCCCGCUGGCUUUGUCCUGCAGCUCUUCUCCCACACCCAGCUCAGGGCCUCAGAUGGAAAGGACUUGCUCAAAGAGGGCAGAGUGGCAGAAGGAGGCCUUGCCCAGCCGGGAAGCCCCUCUCCAGCUCCCCCUCCGGGGCUUCGCGGGACACUGGAUCUCCAGGUUAUCCGCGUGCGAAUGGAGGAACCCCCAGCAGUCAGCCUCCUACAGGACUGGUCCAAGCACCCCCAGGCCACCAAGGGCGUGGGAGCAGGUGACACCCCAGAUUGGCCUGCAGUUCUGUCGGAAUCCAGCACCUCUGUUGCGGGGGAGCCAGAGGCAGGGAGUGGGGUGUAGAUUCUUGCUUUCCUGGGGAGGGAGGGAGGGAGGAGGCAGCGGUCCCCCUUGGGCUAUAACUCAGAGCUGCCUGGCUUGGCCACUUGAUGGGGAGAGUAAGCCAGGUGCCAGGACAGGAUGGAGGGUGGCAGCAUCUGCUUUGACUUUUGGGCACUGGAAAAUGUCUGUCCCUGGCCAGGCCCCGAGGUAGGUGGGUGGCUGAGGCUGUCGUGCAGUGGGGCAUUGGGCCUGUGGAGAUCACCUACCCCAAUCCUUUGCAGACCCUCACCUCUCUGUCCCCGCAACCUCCCCCACCCUCUCCUAGCUGCCCCCAUUCUCCCUCGGCACAGUGCCUUACACAGAGGUGGUCAUAAUGGGGUUUGAACUGAGUCCCACUACCUCGGGGGACACCUCUCCUCCCCCACUUGUUCAGGCUCCUAAACCAGGAGGCUUCCAUUACCUCUUCCCGCUCCAUCCCUGCAGAGGCUGAAGCAGCCCCCCGGGGCUCCUUUCACCCCCAUUCUUCUCACCUGUUUUCCUGUUGUAUAUAUCGCCUUUGUUGACAAUAAAUUAUUUUUUUUUAUUAAGAGA